UGAGGAAAUGGUGAGUAUGCACUCCCGAAUUGGGCGGAACAACGAGUUUGUUGUUAGUGGUAAUUGGUGAGAUAAGAAAGCAGUAGCCCAUAAUUCAUUGAGAAGACUUGGUGUCUAAUCCAUGAAAUCGUAAUUCUUCAGCUUGCAUCUCACAAGUGGUGAAUAACGCCGGCGCUCGAGGGAUCCUUGGUGUCGGAUGACCCGCGUUGUAUGCACGGGUGUUCCGCCAGACCCCUGUACGUAAUUCACAUCACGUAUGUCUGAUUUGAAAUCAACCACCCAGAGCUUAUAUCUUGAAGAGUUUCAGUAUUUGGAGUGGUUUCGUUGGAUGCUGAUUGAAGUUUGACCGUUUUCUUGUCAUUAAAUAUGUCUACCCACGCCGCUGUUGUGACCGUGGCACCUCGUGCUAAAGUCGAUGUUAUUCAAGUCCUUACUGUCAAACCUGUCGACGGAGAAGUUCUUGUGAAAGUCCAAUGGACGGCGUCGACUCCUCUUGACCUCCACCAAAACGAUGGUGGCCUUCUUGUUAAGCAUCCUCAGGUAAUGGGAGAUGGUAUCGCAGGAACCGUGGUUGAACUCGGUCCCAAAGUCAAGAACCUCAAAGUUGGAGAUCAGGUCUUCGGUUUUGGUUGGAGGGAACAAAAGGAGAAAGCUCACCAAGAACUAGCUACUGUCCCUGAGUACCUUCUCGGGAAGAUCCCCCCAAACUCGACACCCCAAGAGGCGAUCACACUGCCAAACAACUUUGUGACGGUAUUCCAUGCUGUUAGUACGGAUCUAGAACUCCCUCUCACAUGGCCACGCCCGUCUUCCACGCCACCACAUGCUGAUGACCCAAUCUUGAUUUGGGGUGGUUCUUCCUCUGUGGGACAAUACGCUCUCCAAAUCCUCCGCUAUUAUGGCUACACCAACUUGCUCGCUACCGCUUCCAAGGCCCACCGUGAAACACUAAGAUCGUUUGGAGCCCGAGAAGUAUUUGAUUAUCGUGAUCCCGAGAUCUCAAGUAAAUUACUCGCUGCAGCAGGUGGCGAGAUCCCGUUCGUGCUGGACUGCAUUGGAUCCAAGUAUGGCAGCAUUGCUCCAAUUUCUAAAAUUGCAAAGAAGGGAGCAAAAGUUGCCAUAAUGCUGCCGGUUAUCGUGACGGAUGCUAGCGAGACUUCUGCUCCAGAAUACGAGAUGGAUGUGACCAAAUCGGUAGACUGGGCUGAAGGAGUCCUCGCAUGUGGUGUCAGGACUCAUUUCUAUCUGGACAAUGAACUCUUCAAAAAACAGCUGCAAUCAGAAAUUAUGCCAACAAUGUUAGCUGAGGGCAUAGUAAAACCAAACAAAUAUCGUAUCAUUGAGGGUAAGACCUUGCGAGAAAGAGCGCAGGGUGCUAUGGACGCCCUAAGACGGAAAGAAGUCAGUGGAGAAAGACUUGUUUGGCGGGUUUCCGAGUAGAGUUCUCGAGCUCGUCACUUGACUUACGACACAUAUUUGAAAACUGACGCAUAGCAAGGUGGAUAAAAACAUUGGGUGCAAUAUCAAAAUUGAUAUAUACGCGAAGAACUCUCAGUCUUUUCGUUGACUAUGUAAAGCCGUUGAAGGCAUAUCUGCCCUACUCUGGCCUCUAUUGCAGAAUGAUAACUCCGUUGUGACCAUGCAAAACUUAUUUGCUUUUCCACCAAUCGAGAUCGUUGAGAUCUUCAGCUUAAACGCCAAAUUUGUUGAAGUUUUG